GCAAUCACCAAGCUUUCACAGCUCAGGAGUAAGGUAGAGUUCCUUUGAACCAGUGAAAAAGUAUCAAGUAAUAGCUCGAUAGUAAUCGUCACGAGCGCAAUCUCAAUCACAAUGUCGGAUGGUGUCCGUCCGUCGUGGCGGGUAGGGUCAGCGGUCGCUUGGUUGCAUCACUACGCGCUGCAGGGCAGGUUUCAGCAGUCUCAUGGUCAUUGCGACAAACGUGGUCGAAGCAAAAGAGCGCCGUUUUCGUAAAGCGCGUAAGCCAGAGGACGCAGAUGACGUCGCGCAACAUACGCAAUCCCAGUCUGUCACAUCGUUCAUCGACAAGAGCAGCACCGAAGAAGCAAACCCCAGUACCGACGGCGCAGCGAAUCGCAUGGAUGUCGCAGCUGGAGUGUCGCCAGACGGACAAGUCUCUAACGACGCGGCUACUCAUGGCGGCGAGAAAGUGGUGUCCUUUGCUAACACUACCGGGAAGGAUGCUGAUGGAAAGGAUGCGGCAGCGGAGCUGCAAAAGCUGUCGACCCAGGAUCAAGAAGCGAUCGCGGCCUCCGCGCCCAGGCCGCUAGAGGUCUCUCCGUUGGAAAUGAAACGAAUUUCCGCAGCGGGUGAUUCCGAUUCGCACCCCGGUGCGACGUCUGCGUCUACCACUUCUACCGCUCCGAUGCCAAACGGGCCCGGUCCUUUGCUGAGCCAAGAAGCCUCCGACCUUGCUGCUACGAAAUGGUAGAAGACUGGUCAGUCUUCGACUCUGCACUUGGUCGCUUACCGCCGUAACCUCGCCGAAAAAGCAAGGACGGGAUUCCUGGGCAUGAUGCAUGGGUCCACGUACCCGUACGACAUCUACUUUGCAACGGACGACGACAUCGCAUCCAACUUGCGCCAGAGUCAAUGGAACGACUACGCAGCAUACGGCACGGCCGCCGUGCCGGUGGCGCAUACGAAAGAAGUAGAAGAGCGGCUAUUCUUCAAGCAGCGGCUCACGCUCUUCCUCGGCGGCACUUUCCUCCCGAACCGAUUCCUGACGCGCGCCUACACGGAGGCUCGUGGCCGGUGGAUACCGGAGGCAAAAUUCGAGCACCGCUUUCUGUAUGUACAACGGAAGACGAUGGUACUGGCGGGGAACUCCACCAGCACCACCAAUGACGGGGCAGGAAGCGCGAACGGCACCAUCUCCCGCAGCGUCAACAAUCUUCCGCAGCGCAUCGCCGCCGGCAUGCGGGGCGCGACAAACGUGGCGCUGCAAGGCACAGGGCUGCGGAAUCUCGGCACGAGCGGCAGCAUCUGGGAAUUUGUUUCCGGCACGCCCAGCUUCGAAGGACAGCCGGAGAUAUCCGGCAGGUUCGCUGGGAAGAUUUUCGACGGACUGCAGCCAGCUGCGUAUCAGUUCGGAUACAUGCAGUGGAUCAAGGUACGGAAAGCACUUUAAGAGUACUUCUAAGUAUUCCGGGCUAGACUUGUUAUCCGCGUUGUAGUAUUCUCAAAGCAUAUCGUUGAAGUUCUUGAAAAUUAGAAAUGUUAACGGCGUCUAUAUCAAAAUUAAUGUUGCUCAUGUUGACAUGAGUAACCAUAACCUUCACCACUAGGCUCCUAGUCCUUCUGUUUCAAGUGUCUCACGGCUAUGCUGAAUGCAAACCAAAAAUGUAAAUCAGAAAUCCGCGCGAUCAUGAAUCCAGCAAGAGUUAGUGCUUAGAAUGAUUAAUAUAUAAUGUCAGCUGAUUUGUCCGCACUGCGCGACGCACUCGAUAUCUUGGCCGCGCGAUUUCCAGAAGAAAGUUGGUGCGCCCCGACGCAUGAAGACGCACGAAAAGAAGUGCUGCGCGCAAAGAAAGCUCGAUUUGAAAUGCGAUCCGAUUCUUGAAGAAGAAGAUGAGAACGACACUAGUGACGUUGCGGAGAGUUGAGGAGUUCGAUAAAUUGGUAGUCUUAGUACACGACGAGCCACGAUGUGCGAAGCUGCAGUGACAAAACCCCGAGAUGCAGCUUGAAACGAACUCGAACCCCAACCCCUCCGCACGUCCCCCCCUAGUGCAGGAUAAAUGAUGAUGAUGAUAAUCAUAAAAAUCAAUCACAAGGUUGGCGAUCGUUUUGGCUACAAAUACAAUGACAAGAAGGAAAGCUGGAUGAAGGCGGCGGAAUGGUUUUUCUAUCGCUACACGGCAGAAGAUUUUCGCGUCGGUGUGGGCCAGCAUUUCAGCGGCUACAGCAAGCAGAAGGACAGAAGUGAUUGGGUGUACAAAAUGUACAUGCCGGAUCUCGACGUGAUCGGCUCGCUGAGCGCCUUCCACCGCCCGACCAUCGUCAUGAAGGACCGGCGCGACAACUUGGUCGCCAAGCUGGAGUACUUUGGUGGGCGAUCGUGGCGUCCGUGGGAGUGGUGGUUCGGCGGCCGCUUUGCACUGCAAAAGCAUCGCACAUAUCAUAAAUCGCAUGACAUCAAGUAACUCAGUACAAGCAAGUAAAGUACAACAACUAAGAAAACGAGGAUGAAUGCAGAAAGCAGAGGGCUAUGCAAUUUAAGAAAAAGAGUCUUUUUCGUUUGUCUUUAAGACAAAAGGAAAAGAGGAGACUUGGCCUUGUCGAGUUGUCUUCAUCUUCUUGUGGUGUACUUGCGUGUACUGUAGUGCUGGUAUUAUUCGCCGGGUUUUGAAGUCAAGAGCGUUAUGCUAAUGUUGUUUCCAUGAAUGCGAUACUUUUGCCGGGUAUAGCCGCAAGAUGAAGCUGACACUCUUUCAAACAGACGAAGCGCAGCACGAUCCGGCUUUAGUUACUUCGCUGUUACUCCGCUGCGACGCCGACAAUGCAUCCUACAACUUUCUGAAGAAGGCCUUUGUCGGACUCGGCCUAUCCACGAAAAUAUCAUAGACUCAAGAGAAAAAUAAUUCUUCGCGCUUGCAUGCCCUUGCACUGGCACUGCCACUGCAGUUGCACUCGACUCCUGCUUUUUCAUCAUCAUCGACGCCGAAAGGCUAUGUAUUGUGCGUGCGAGCGAUCAUGGGCAACCUACGCUUUUCUUUAAGAGACGGAAACGGAAUGCAUGAGCAUGGAUGUGGCCCGACAACUUUGAUGUAUUAUUUGCAGUGGAUAUGGAUUCGGUCUCGGUGCCGACCACCUGCAUGGCUGGUUGCAUCAUACGGAAAACCUCGACGCCUUCCCAGGCCAUCCAGUUGGCGAGAUUGUGACGUUGAUUCCGCCGAUGGCCGCCGAACAGGCGGUUGAAAAAAUCACACUGCUGGAGCCGCUGGUCUACGCGGUUGACGAGCAGGUCAAAGCCCACAACGCAAAGCAUGCAAAUGCGGCCAAUCCCUCCACCACGCAACAACUACCGGAGUAA